AUGUCAAUCAAGUCUAUUUGUAGUCUUGUCAUUACACCCAAUGAUAUAAUGGGCUUUGAUACAACGGGCUGCUUAACUGGAGUAUUUGGAGAAACGGCAAAACUCAAAUCAUUGAAAGUAAAUCCAAGUCUCACCAGUCUUGAUCUUGGAUACAACGAAAUAGCCGACAAAGGAGGUGAAGCAAUUACCGGUGCAUUGAAAGUCAAUCAAAUUCUCACCACUGUUUGUCUUGUAUGGAACCAAAUAUCUGGCAAAGGAGGUGAAGCAAUCGCCGAUGCAUUGAAGGUAAAUCCAAGUCUCACCAAUCUUGAUCUUGGAUACAACGAAAUAGCCGACAAAGGAGGUGAAGCAACCGCUGAUGCGUUGAAAAUAUCUGACAAACGAGGUGAUGCAAUCGCCAGUGCACUGAAAGUAAAUCAAACUCUCACCACUCUUUAUCUUGCAUGGGGCCAAAUUUCUGACAAAGGAGGUGAAGCAAUCACCGAUGCGUUGAAGAAUGAUAAUCGAGCCAGUAGCUGUUCUGCAUUAAAUUCUCUAUUGAGAAAUCAUCCAUGGAGUGUGUCAAAUCGUUGUUGA